GAAUAAUUUCGUUCGGUUGUUUCUUGUACAUAUUCGUGUCGGUAUUAAUCUGUACUCGUAUUAUUCGUUAAUUUGUAACAGUCAGAUUAUUCGAUAGUGUUCAUUUGUUUGUGUCCAUGACUGAGUAAUGUGAACUCUUAGUUUGCGGUUUAGACUGAUAAAGUCUAAAGUAAUUGUGUAUAUUUAAUAGGCUUCCCAUUAAUCAUGGAUGGUAUAGGGGCAGAAGUGAGUCAGAAAAUACGGAGCGCAAUAAAGGCGAAAUUGAUGGAACUAGGAGUGUAUGUUGAUGAAGAAUUACCUGAUUAUAUUAUGGUAAUGGUGGCAAACAAAAGGAGUCGUGAACAGAUGGAUGACGAUCUUCAGCUGUUUCUGGGAUCAAAUACAGAGGAGUUCACAGGAUGGCUACAUCAGGUACUCCAGAAGCUGCAGGAAGUUACGGUAGCAAGUUUAGAAAGAAAGCGCAAAUCUUCCACAGGCGAAAACGAGGGAGAGAACUUCAAGAAGGACAAGAGAAGGAAAUCUUCAGAAAAGAAGAAGGGUCGACGGAGUGGCGAACAGACGAGAGGAAAAGAUGCCAAGGAUGAUUCAGAGAAUGUAAACCAACAUUCAGGAAAGCAUAAAGAGUUGGAGGAAGUUACGAAAAAUCAUUUGAGUUUAGAUCAGAACGUUUCUAGUAAUCAGGUUAAUGUUGAGAAGGGUAAUGAAUAUAUAAGUAAAUGUCAGUCGAGAACUGACGAAGAACAAAAUGACAAGAGUAGUUCACAUUCACAUGCAUUGGGCACUACUAAGCUGAGUGAAACACCAGCGUGUAGUGAUUCUGUAUCAUCAAAUGAUUCUGGUAAGUUGCAUAGAGACGGAGUAAAUUUGAAAUCCAUAGGGAUGUCACAGAUUGCGCCAGAUUCUCAAAACAGGUCUGAUGAAAUAUAUUUGGGAAAAUCUGUUUGCAGGAAAAUUAGUUUAGCAGGGAAAACUAUUGCUUCUAGUAAAAUUAUUUGUAGUGCAAUGGAGGAAUCUUCUAAUGUGGCUGAAAGGUCUGUAUUGAACCCAAUAAAGAAAGGGACAAGCAGCGGGAGUGAAUUGGACAUCGCAGAGCUCGUCAUUUUGAGGAGCGCGGAGGAGAAAACUCUUGCCGAUGCGAAAGCAAGUGCGACUGCGUCCAGGACCAAGAUUGUUUUGAUGCAGAGUGACGACGAUGAUGACGAAGACUUCAUCAACAUUAAAGCUGAUGCUGAAGCAGAAGAAUUACUUGAUGCUGAGUUGCCGAAAGAACCAUGUCACAGUGGCAUGAAUUCUAUGAAGAUCGUUACUGCAGCGUUAAGCAAGGGAAUUGAUGAUACUAAAACUGCAUUUACUGCAGAUAAACAAAGUGAGUCGGGCGUGCGAGGGCUCCAAUUGUCAGACAGGCUCGGUGCAAAAGUGACUUCGGGUUCAGUUUUGAGGAAGGUUACUGCGCUGUCCCAUGAAAGUAAUUCAUCAUUGCUCCGCAUCACUGAUCGUUUGGGUGAUAAAGUAAUUCCCCUGGUGACAGACAUCAAGAAAGCUGGUUCAUUGGUGUCUGACGGUGUGCCAGGACACAGAGAAGAGAGGCGAUGUAACAUAGUUCCAGCGAGUAACAGAAGCAGUAUUUCAGAACAACGUAAUAUUUCUGUGGCACACGUUGCGCCCUCAGCAGUGAGCAGAAUGUCCAGGUUGAUGAACAUCAACACAGAGACAGAACAGUUGGGACCGAGGACGUUGCGCAGACCUUUGGAGGAAGAGCAGUCUGGGGACAAAGAUCAGGGGUCUCGAAAACGGCCGUUGUUGUCGAGAGUAGUGGCCAUGAGUAGGAGAGCUGCAGAUAAAGAGGAAGAGUAUGACCCCACUAAUCCUGCUGUUGGGUCUGUAGCGUCAGUGGUUCGUGUGAAACCUCGCCCCAAGGUUCCUGCAUCUCUACAAGCCAACAAGAAUCUCAUCCUCAAAGCCAUGGCAGAAGCUCAAAAGUCUGUUGCCAGUGCGCCAAAACGUGUUGAGCCAGAUGAGCGCCCUGGCGGUCUGUUUACGAGGAAGUUUCGAGACUGCAAAGGCGGCGAUAAGAUUGCUAUCACUUUGCCUAACAGAAGAAUGCAGCCACAUGAGGACGCUCCUGUGACGGGAAAACCAUCUGGUGUCGAACGCAUAGUGAUUCCAGUGAAACUGGAAGCAUCUAGGUCCAUCUCAAGUGUCAACUUGCAGCAGAAAAUUGUUAUACAGGUUUCUUCAGAUAAACCCACAGCACCAGAAAUUGUUCCUCCUCCUCCCCCUGAUACAGUGGAUUCCAAGACUGAAGAAGUAGUGGAGGGAGGCAAUUUAAUUUCAGACUAUGAAGAAGAAAGUGCAAAAUUGAUUGAAGUGGCUCCGAGUACAGAAAGUGAAGAGACAGGCGAAGUUCAGAGGUUGGCAGAAUCCUGGCCCAAGGAUCUGGAUUUUCCCGAAACAUCGUCAGUCAGGUUGCCUGAGGCUUCGCGGGCUGAAAGCCCUCAGUUUGUAGUGACGCUGGAUGGUUUAGAUCCUUCAAUAUUUCGUCUGCAUUCUCAAAAGAAGGAGCGUUCAUCUUCAGUCGUUAUGAAUAGUCCGAACGUGGACUCUGAAUCGUCAGCAACUGAGUAUGAAGAAAAGGAAGUGCACAGGAGCAGAGGAAUACAGACGGAAAAAGAGCGAGAGAAAAGAGUGUCAUCGCCAAUAUUGUUUGAGAAGUCCGGCAGCCCUGAUGCUACAGUUGCAGACGUCCUGAAGCAGAAAGUGAAGGACAGAUGCAAGUAUUGGCCAGCCUGCAGAUCAGGAGACAGGUGCGAUUAUGUGCACCCAACUGUCCCUUGCAAGUCUUUUCCUAGUUGUAAAUUCGGAGACAAGUGUCUGUACAUUCAUCCAAACUGCAAAUUUGAUGCGUCCUGUACCCGGCGUGACUGUCCGUUCACACACGCUAGUCCACGUAACAUGUGCGCCACUUCAUCAGGGGUAAGAACCACCAAUGCGAGUUGUCGGUUCCUGCAUCCCAAGCCCUGCCGGUACGGCCGUUACUGCAGCAGGAAGAGAGAUUGCAACUUUCUUCACGAAGAUAUUCCGUCAGCCGACAAACUAAAGUGGUUUUGUCCCUUCAGGUUGUGAUCUGAUUGACGUGUAAUGCAGCAUGUACUAGUUUUAUUACAUUGGUCCACGGACUAAGAAUUUGAUGUCAGACUG